AUGGCGUGGUUGCUUCGCGCGAUCGCGAGCGACGGACUGAUCGAUUCCGCCGCCGCCGCCGCCGCCGGCGCCGCGACCGGAGCUCCUCGACGGAACCAAGCGAUGCGCUUCGGGGACUUUCCUCCGUGGGCGGCGGUCCUGUCCGAGCGCGUCGAGGCGCUGGCGCGGCGCGAGGGGGAAGGGGACGACGACGACCGUCGACUGAUGACGUCGGCGGCGGCGUCGUCGCACCCCGCGCCGAUGUUCGACCAGAUGAUCCUGAACUCGUACCUCCCCGGGGAGGGUUUGCGCGCGCACGUGGACUUGGACGCGUUCGACGACGGCGUCGUGGUCGCGUCGUUGGAGAGCGCCAUAAUGAUGGACUUUUACCCGCCGCCGCCGCCAGAUCCAGCUCCAGCUCCAGAUCCGAAUCCGAAUCCAAAUACAAACGACGACGACGCGACCGGGGAUAUCCCGGGCGGGGAUGGGGACGUCCCCGGGGACGCGACGCGCCGCGCGCGCGGGAAACGCGACGACGACGACGUCCCGAUCCAAGUGUGGCUCCAGCCCGGAGACGUCCUGUUCCUGUGCGAGGACGCGCGGUGGACGUGGAGGCACGGCAUCGCCGCGCGGUCGCAUGACGUUUUAGUCUCGGAGGACGGCGAGAGCGCGCGGAGGGUGGAGCGGGGGCACCGCACGAGCGUGACGCUGCGAAAGAUGCGUCACGACGCGCACGAGCUCCGCGUCGCGGCGUGA